AUGGCUGCACCGAAGAUUAUCCUGUAUACCAACCACCUCUGCCCGUGGGCCCAUCGUGCCCACAUUGCUCUCAAGGAGCUGGGACUCGACUACGAGGAGGUUAUUAUUGACCUAAAUAAGCCCCGCGAGCCAUGGUACCUGGAAGUGAAUCCUCGCGGCCUUGUUCCAUCCAUCUCCUACAAUGGCACCAUUGUCACCGAGUCCGCCAUCGUGACACAGUUUCUCGCCGAUGCACACCCAUCCCACCUGCUCCCGGCCUCCACAAGUCCCGAGGGCCCCAUCCAACGCGCCCGGAUUGCUUUCUUCGUCGACACCUUCACGAGCAAACUCGUCCCCAAGUACAUGGCGGCGAACCGCUCCGCCACCGACGAGGAGCGAGACGCCGCGACUGAGGCCCUAGUUGCGGCCAUCGAGGCGGAAGUCGAGGGACAGCUCUACCCCGCCGGCCACGGCGCUGGUCCAUUCUUCCGUGGUAGCGAGAAGCUCACGCUGGCCGAGGCAUUGACCGGUUCGUUCCUGCUGCGGUUCCUCUCGUUCGAGAAACCCCAGUAUGGAUUGUUGGGUCCGCAGUUUACCGCAUCGCUGCAGAAACGCACCCCCAAUUUCUACAGGUGGGCGAGCGCGGUCGUGCAGGAGGAGAGCGUGAAUUACAUCUGGAAUGAGGAGAAGGUGGGAAAUUCCAGUGCAGCUCGGUUUAAGCCCGCGGCUAAAUAG